UUAGCAAUAACGCAAAGAAUAUUUCAAAGUCUUUCUCAAUAAACAAAAACAGAAGCGACAACGUCGACAGCAAUACCGAGAAUAAAACGCCGACGAUAAUAAAAUCAAAAUCCGUAUCGUUAAAGACGAAAAAGACGACGAUAUUAAAUCGGGUGAACAAAAAGCAACGACUAAAUACGAUGACUCAGAAAAGUAGUCUACAUUUCUAUGAAGAAGGUGAUUGUGAAUUAAUCGCGGAAACAACUUGCUUUCGCAUACACAAAAAUAUUAUCGCACUCUCUUCGAUGGUAUUCAAAGAUUUAUUUGCCAGCGUCUCCCCAACUUUUGAUGAUAUGAACAUUGAUCAACAAACUGGUAGACUAAUUCCGCGAAUACCAUUAACCGAUGAAUCUGCCUCGAACAUUGAAAUGUUACUUUCAUUUCUUUAUCCAAAUACAUUUUUCGAAAUUGACUGGAAUUCUGUGGCUGACUUGCUUCACUUAGCAGAUAAAUAUAUAAUUGAUACUUUGACUGCGGCUUGUGUCGCAUUUUUAAAAAGAAGCUUUCACGAACAUCCAAUGACUACUCUUCAAUUGGCUGAAAAAUAUCGAAUUGCACAACUAUAUAAAGAAGCUUCGAAGCUUGUAUUAAAUUCUUUCGAUCACAUAUUCUACGACCCUCGUCGGCUACAAGGACUUUCAAAGUCAACUGAGACUAAACUCAAAGUACAACGACAAGAAUAUGUUGAAGGCCUAAAUAAAAUCUAUUGCGUAACUGUUGAUCGACAAUUUCCUCCAUUGCAAGCUGAUCAUCUGAGAUCGAAAUUCGAAGAGUGCGUGAAAGAUGUCUGUACCUUCCCACUUCCUGCACCUUCGGAAACUUGGCGUAAAUUACAUCGGGUUGAUUGUUCAAGACAUUUCGAAUGUAGAGAAGAAUUAAGAAGGUUAAAACCAUUUAUUAGUGAGAAAAUAAUAAUGAUGUUUGGUCGAUAUGAACCAUUACUAUGGAAAAAAUCAUCUUAUGAUGACGAUGAUUUAUAUUAUCCUUUUAUUGAACUAGAUUAG